UAUCGUUUCUAUCAUACCAUUAACAACUGGUUUAUGUUAUUUAUUGGCUAUUUCAAAAACUGGUGUUCGUUUAUAUUUCGGUGAGAAUCUACGUUUAAUGCAUAUACGAUUACCACCUUCUUCUCCUUAUGAUACAAUUGGUUUAAGUGAUGUAAAAUUAGCAGUGGAAACACGUGGUACAGUGAUUAUGAUUUCUGCUUUACCACAACAUUUAACAUCUUUUAAUAAUGGCACCGCAUUGGGUCUAUUCAAUCCACGUUAUCCAACAACAUCACGCUCUGCUGCUGGUGCUGCUGCUACACUUAAUCAAACCAAUUUAAAUAUGAGUUUAGGACAAUUUUUCCCAACAGAUCUUGACAGUAAUCAUAAUGGUGGUGGCGGUACUAGUAUUAGUAGUAGUAGUUAUAAGGCAACUACUACAUCGAUACUUGAUCAAUCAGAUGAUAAUUUGAAUGUAUUCACUAAACAAAUUCCACCUCACGUGAUUUAUACAAUUAGUCCAGAUUUAUAUCCAUGGACAUUGAAUUUAACAGAGAGUUUUACUACAAGUUGGUGUGUUGAUGGUGGUGCAUGGGCGUUAACUGUACUGCCGGAAAGUCAACAACAAUUUGUAGAUUCUAUGCGGAAUGAUUAUUUCACUGGUGGAUAUGUAACAAUGGAGAAAAA